AUGUCAGACUUGAAACUGGUGUCGCUGUUUGCCGCGGUUCCGGGGUUGCUGCCGACCGGUGCAGACUGCGAGGCCGCUAAAAGGAGCGCGAAGCCGGCCAUGAGCAUCGACGAGCUGCCGUCUCUGUACAGCCGACCCGAAGAGGAGCAGCGCCAAGUGGACCCGAUGGCGUCGACGGGCGCCUUGGAGCAGAGCGUGGCAUCUUUGAGGAAAUGGGCGGCGCCGUACGCAGACCGAUGUCAGCAAACCCAAAGGGCGGCGGCGGACAAAGUGGAGGAAGUGUACAAAAGGGCGGAGCCCGCCAUUUCCGCCUCCACCGCAGCGGUCACAGACACGUACCGCUUGUUCACCGACCCGCCCCCCGACUUGUACCCCAGCGUGGCGGUGGUGGGCUUCUCGGGCUUCCUGGGACUCUACUUGGCCAAAGGGUCGAAGGUGAAGCGCGUUGCCUUCCCGCUGGGCCUGAUGGCGCUGAGCGCCUCCGUGUUCUACCCUCAGCGGGCCGCCUCCAUUUUCAAGGUGAGUCAAGACUCUGCACGCACGUGGUUUCAGAACGGCCGCGUCGCCGUAGAGACGCUGUGGAACGACCCGCCGUUUGGCAAAAACAAGACGGAGCGGCGCGAGAGCGGCGGCGGCGGCGGUAGCGGCACAUCCGGUUGA